AUGUCCUCAAAAUCAAAUUUAAGGACAUUAAAGUCUAAAUCAUCGCAGAAAUCUGGAAAUAAACGAAUCGCCUGGUCGAAUAUUGUCGCAACAGUUCCACAAAAAGGUGGUGGAAGAAAAGAAGUAAUCAGGAAUGUUAGUGGAAUUGCUGAACCUGGAGAAGUAUUGGCCUUAAUGGGAGGAAGUGGCGCAGGAAAAACGACUUUGAUGAAUAUAUUGGCACAUUUGGACACUAGUGAAGUACAGUAUCGCGGAAAUGUUGUCGUCAAUGGGAAAUCAGUAUCAAAGCAGAAAAUGCGUUCAAUGUGCGCAUAUGUGCAACAAGUCGACAUUUUCUGUGGUACUCUCACUGUGAGAGAACAACUCAAUUAUACAGCUUGGAUGCGGAUGAAAGCGAGCACUGAAGAGGACCGAAAAAGACGAGUCGAUGCAGUGAUCAAGGACAUGAAUCUGACCGAUUGUCAGAAUUCUUUGAUUGGAAUUCCGAAUCGAAUGAAAGGAAUAUCGAUUGGAGAAAAGAAACGUUUAGCUUUUGCGUGCGAAAUUCUCACAGAUCCACAAAUUUUGUUCUGUGAUGAACCGACUAGUGGUCUCGACGCUUUUAUGGCUUCCCAGGUUGUUCAAGCCCUUUUGGCAUUGGCGGAAAAGGGGAAAACUAUCAUUGUUGUUCUUCAUCAACCAAGCAGUACGGUGUUCAGAAUGUUUCAUAAAGUGUGUUUCAUGGCUACUGGAAAAGUUGUUUACCAUGGAAGUGUGGAGAAAUUAUGUCCAUUUUUUGAUAGUCUUGGCCCAAAAUUUCGCGUUCCGGAAUCCUAUAAUCCAGCCGACUUUGUAAUGAGCGAAAUUUCGGUUUCACCGGAGACAGAAUCGCAAGAUAUUGAAAGAAUCGAGUUUUUGAUACGAAGUUACGAAAUGAGUGACGUUGGGCAUGAGAUGCUUCGAAAAUCGCGGACAGCAGUCUCCACAAUUCCUGAAUAUUGUGAUAUGGACGAUGAUCACAUUGAAAGUCAAUAUAAUUCAUCGUUUGCCACCCAGUUCAAUGUUCUUCUCCGAAGAUCACUGAAAACUACUUUUCGAGAUCCAUUGUUGCUUCGUGUGCGAUUUGCUCAAAUUAUCGCGACUGCCGUAAUUGUGGGAAUUGUGAAUUGGCGAACUGAAUUAUCGGGUCCGACAAUCCAAAACUUGGAAGGUGUCAUGUACAAUUGUGCCAGAGAUAUGACAUUCUUGUUCUAUUUUCCUUCUGUCAACGUGAUUACUAGUGAACUUCCAAUAUUCGUAAGAGAGCACAAAGCCAACAUAUAUUCAGUUGAAGCUUAUUUCCUUGCCAAAAGCUUGGCCGAACUGCCCCAAUACACGAUUUUACCCAUUCUUUAUGGUACAAUAGUCUACUGGAUGACAGGUCUUGUCGCCUCUGUUAUCAAUUAUUUUGUAUUCGUCGCCGUCUGUGUUUUCUUAACAUGGGUCGCGGUUUCUGUUGCUUAUGUUGGUGCUUGUGUAUUUGGCGAUGAGGGAUUAGUCGUUACGUUUAUGCCGAUUUUUGUACUUCCUAUGCUUGUUUUUGGAGGAUUCUACGUGAAUGCUCACAAUAUUCCAACGUAUUUCAAACCGUUUUCAUACAUUUCAUGGUUCAAACAUGGAUUUGAAGCACUUGAGGCGAAUCAAUGGGAGACAAUCAGCGAGAUUCCGGGGUGCUCUCAAAAUGGAUCAAGUGUCUUAACAAAUGCUGAUGAAUACUGUCCAGCAUUUGAUGGUGAAGGAAUUCUUGCUCGCCGUGGAAUCUCCACUCCGUUAUGGCUCAAUGUGCUCAUUUUGUUUUGCUCAUUUUUCAUUUAUCGCAUAAUUGGAAUGAUUGCCCUUAAAUUUCGAGUUCGAUUUGCGAAAUAA